CAGGCUCUCACGGGGAGAGGGGAGCCCCUCUCUCGGUCCCUGCGGUCCCUCGGGGCGCACAUCGCAGGGGAGGGCGAAGCCAGUUAAAGGUGUGUUCGCCGCGGAGUUUCUUCUGUUUUGAUGAGUGAGUCAUAUGACCAAGCUGGAAAGCAUCUUGGGCUGCUCUUGUGAUCGUGUUUCUGGAAUUGGUUUUUGAAGAGGUUGCGUGCGACGUGCUGGGAUUCUCUCUCUGCAGCACAGACUGGUGCUGUGGAAGGAAAGCAAGCGUCCAGCGACCCUGCAGCGUGCCACCCCGGGCAUGGACACCUUCUCCCGUGUCUGGAGGAGCACGGCUGGUAGUGCCAUCGCCGGGUCCCGAAACUGCUAAGGCCAUCUCAGGGACGUGGGCGCCAGGAGAGGAGGGCGACACCCGAGGGCCAGAGCCAUGCCUUUCGGCCUGAAGCUCCGCCGGACACGGCGCUACAACGUCUUGAGCAAGAACUGCUUCGUCACCCGCAUCCGCCUGCUGGACAGCAAUGUCAUCGAGUGCACGCUGUCGGUGGAAAGCACCGGGCAGGAGUGCCUGGAGGCUGUGGCCCAGAGGCUGGAGCUGCGGGAGACGCACUACUUUGGCCUCUGGUUUCUCAGCAAGAGCCAGCAGGCACGAUGGGUGGAGCUGGAGAAACCGCUGAAGAAACAUCUGGACAAAUUCGCUAAUGAGCCUCUGCUUUUCUUCGGAGUCAUGUUCUACGUGCCAAAUGUGUCAUGGCUUCAGCAGGAGGCCACGAGGUAUCAGUAUUACCUGCAAGUCAAAAAAGACGUGCUCGAGGGGCGAUUGCGGUGCACGCUGGAACAGGUGAUUCGGCUGGCCGGCUUAGCUGUGCAAGCUGAUUUUGGAGACUAUAACCAGUUUGAUUCUCAAGAUUUCCUCAGAGAAUAUGUGCUAUUUCCUAUGGAUUUGCCCCUGGAAGAGGCUGUUCUGGAGAGCACAAAGCCACAGGUAAGGCAGGAGCACAAAAGCCACAGUGGAAUCCUGCCAGCCGAGGCUGAGCUUAUGUACAUCAACGAAGUGGAGCGCCUGGAUGGAUUCGGACAGGAAAUCUUCCCCGUGAAGGACAAUCAUGGAAACAGUGUGCACCUGGGCAUUUUCUUCAUGGGGAUUUUUGUGAGAAACAGAAUUGGAAGACAAGCAGUAAUACACAGGUGGAACGACAUGGGGAAUAUCACUCAUAACAAGUCGACCAUUCUGGUGGAGCUCAUCAACAAGGAAGAGACUGUGCUCUUCCACACGGAUGACAUUGAAAAUGCCAAGUAUAUCUCUCGGUUGUUUGCUACACGGCACAAGUUUUACAAACAAAACAAAAUCUGCACUGAACAAUCAAAUUCUCCACCCCCCAUCAGACGCCAGCCCACCUGGAGCCGAUCCUCUCUGCCCCGGCAGCAGCCGUACAUCUUGCCUCCCAUGCACGUCCAGUGUGGAGAACACUACUCGGAAACACACACUUCGCAAGACAGCAUUUUCCAUGGGAACGAAGAUGCCUUCUACUGCAACUCCCACAACAGCCUGGACUUAAAUUAUUUAAACGGCACCAUCACCAACGGCAGCGUGUGCAGCGUCCACAGCAUCAACUCCCUGAACUGCUCCCAGAGCUUCAUCCAGGCGUCGCCCGUCUCUUCCAACCUCAGCAUCCCCGGGAGUGACAUCAUGCGGGCUGACUACAUCCCUAGCCACCGGCACAGCGCCAUCAUCGUGCCGUCGUACCGGCCGACCCCCGAUUACGACACGGUCAUGCGCCAGAUGAAGAGGGGGGUCGUGCACACGGACAGCCAGAGCCAGUCCCUGCGGAACCUCAACAUCCUCAACACGCAUGCCUACAACCAGCCGGAGGACCUGGUGUACAGCCAGCCCGAGAUGCGGGAGAGGCACCCCUACACUGUCCCUUAUGGGCCCCAGGGGGGCUACGGCAGCAAACUUGUGGGUCCGUCCGACCAGAUAAACCCAAAGAAUAACUCGGUGCCCAGCAAGCCGGGGGCCAGCGCCAUCUCCCACACGGUGAGCACCCCGGAGCUGGCCAACAUGCAGCUGCAGGGCACGCACAGCUACAACACGGCCCACAUGCUCAAAAACCAUCUCUUCAGGCCGCCGCCCCCCUACCCGCGGCCCCGGCCCGCCACCAGCACCCCGGACCUGGCCAGCCACCGCCACAAGUACGUCAGCGGCAGCAGCCCCGACCUGGUGACCCGCAAAGUGCAGCUGUCGGUGAAGACCUUCCAGGAGGACAGCGCCCCGGUGGUGCACCAGUCCCUGCAGGAGGUGAGCGAGCCGCUCACGGCCACCAAGCACCACGGCACGGUGAACAAGCGCCACAGCCUGGAGGUGAUGAGCAGCAUGGUGCGGGGCAUGGAGGCCAUGACGCUCAAGUCCCUCAACAUCCCCAUGGCUCGCCGCAACACGCUCCGGGAGCAGGGGCCCCCCAAGGAGGUGCCCGGGGGCCACGAGGUCCCCCAGCUGCCCCAGUAUCACCACAAGAAGACCUUCUCGGACGCCACGAUGUUGAUCCACAGCAGUGAGAGCGAGGAGGAGGAGGAGCCCGCGGCACCGGCGCCCCGGAUCCCCGGGCUGCGCGAGAACAUGGAGUACAGCGCCCAGCUGCAGGCGGCCUUAGCGCGGAUCCCCAAGAAGCCCCCGCCUGAGUACCCCGGCCCCAGGAAGAGUGUCAGCAAUGGGGCGCUGAGGCAAGACCAGGUCAGCGUCCCCCCGGCCAUCGCCAGAGCCAGGGUGCUGAGGCACGGGCCGGCCAAGGCCGUCAGCGUCUCCCGAGCCGACCAGCUGGCCGUCAACGGGUCCUCCCUCGGGCCGUCCAUCUCGGAGCCCGACCUGACCAGCGUGAAGGAGCGGGUCAAGAAGGAGCCCGUGAAGGAGAGGCCGGUGUCGGAAAUGUUUUCCCUGGAGGACAGCAUUAUAGAAAGAGAGAUGAUGAUCCGGAAUCUAGAGAAGCAGAAGAUGGCAGGCCUGGAGGCGCAGAAGCGGCCUCUGAUGUUGGCAGCGUUGAAUGGCCUCUCGGUGGCGCGGGUCUCGGGGCGGGAAGACGGCCGAGUUGAUGGCACCCGGAUUCUCAUGGACGAGAGGUUCAGGACCCUGAAGAAGAAGCUGGAAGAGGGCAUGGUGUUCACAGAAUACGAGCAGAUCCCAAAGAAAAAGGCCAAUGGCAUUUUCAGCACAGCGGCUCUGCCAGAAAAUGCCGAGCGCAGCCGGAUCCGCGAGGUUGUCCCCUACGAGGAGAAUCGCGUGGAGCUGAUACCGACCAAAGAAAACAACACAGGUUACAUUAACGCCUCCCAUAUCAAGGUGGUGGUUGGCGGGGCCGAAUGGCACUACAUCGCCACGCAGGGGCCCCUGCCGCACACGUGCCAUGACUUCUGGCAGAUGGUGUGGGAGCAGGGAGCCAACGUGAUCGCCAUGGUCACCGCGGAGGAGGAGGGCGGACGCACCAAGAGCCACCGAUACUGGCCCAAGCUGGGUUCCAAGCACAGCUCAGCCACCUAUGGCAAGUUCAAGGUCACCACGAAGUUCCGAACAGAUUCUGGUUGCUAUGCAACCACAGGCUUGAAGGUCAAGCACCUUUUGUCCGGGCAGGAAAGGACGGUGUGGCAUUUGCAGUACACUGACUGGCCAGAUCACGGCUGCCCGGAGGAUGUCCAAGGAUUUCUGUCCUACUUGGAGGAGAUCCAGUCGGUGCGCCGGCACACCAACAGCAUGCUGGAGGGCACCCAGAGCCGGCACCCGCCCAUCGUGGUCCACUGCACCGCGGGCGUGGGCCGCACCGGCGUGGUCAUCCUCUCCGAGCUGAUGAUCUACUGCCUGGAGCACAAUGAGAAGGUGGAAGUGCCCAUGAUGCUGCGGCUCCUCCGGGAGCAGAGGAUGUUCAUGAUCCAGACCAUCGCUCAGUACAAGUUUGUCUACCAGGUCCUCAUUCAGUUCCUCCAAAACUCCAGACUCAUUUAACCCCCGGACCCAGCCCCUGGAAGAGGGACCCAGCUCCAUCUUGCAGAUGGGGAGGCACCUCCACACAAAGCCUGCUCCCCCAGCAGGGCACGGGUGGCUGGAGCCGGCAGGACACAGGCUCCCUCAUCACGGGAGCCAAGAUUCUUCAUAAACAUCAUGUAUUAUUUUAUAUGAGAUAAUUUAUUUUUUCCCCCUUUGGAAUAACUUGUGUGAAUCAUUGUAAUUGCAGUUUUCACAGUAAUGUAGUGCUUUUCAUUUGAACCACAUUUUGACCGAUCUGCAUUGUAACACGUUGGUAGGGAAAGGUCGCCUGGUGGACCAUUUGGGGGACAGAGGCAGAAGGGAACACAUCUCUGGUGAAGUUGCAGCCAGAUGGGUAACCAACCCUGAAAUUCAUCAGCUUAAUUGCUCAUGUCCAAAUCAAAGAUGGCAAGAAAAUGAGUUUAUCCUAAAAUGUAAAGAUGAGGGCCAAGACCUUUUUUUCUGAGGGAAAAAACGCUCUUCUCUUAUAUUUUGGGCUCGGGAGGCUUGAUGGACAGGAUGAUUCCUCCCUUCUUCCUUCUGUCCUCACCCUCAGUAGUCUUCCCCCAGUCCCUCCUCUAACCUUGAGUGACAGCCGGAGCAGCCAGAGGAAAGGCUGCAUUUACAGUGGAGUAAUCCUUGCCCAGGCUGAAUGGGGAGCUUUGUUUGCCUCUUUCUCGACCACCCGUUAAUCUGGGCUCUGGAGCUUGUGUUUCCUUGCCGGGGGCCGCACCCUCAGUAUUUGCAGCAGCUCCUCAUUUGCUCGGUGGGUGCCAGGCUGGUGGCCUUGGAGGCCCUGGGCCAGGCCAUCUGUGCAGCUCGGCUUCUUGCCUGAUUGAGAGAAGCUAAUGGACCAGAGUGAGAAGAGAAAGGAGACAGGAAGGCCCUUGAUCCUGUGUUUGUUUAGGAUGGGCGUGCUGGACGGGGGCCUGAAGGUCAAGGUGCUGGGGGGUAUUCUGUCCGUCCAUGAGCCACCAAGUCAUUGGAAAGGUUAUAAAGGAGACACUUGAGAAAGCUGAUGGGGGCUCUUUGACACUCAGCAGGGGCCCUGGCCAGGAGCCACACCAAGUGUGACCCCGCUGUGCUGGUGCCGUCUCUAGACUUUGGUCUGUGAGAGUAAAACUCAGCCCACUCGGUCCUGGCCCCCAUGAUGAACGUGGUGGAGUUCAUCUCGCACAGAGCCCCAUGGUGGUCCCUCCUUUCUCCAUACAACUCACUCUGGUCAUUUGCGGUGUCAACGCUGCCUUCAGUGAAGCUCGGUCCUCACUUUGUCUCUUCCUGGCCUUCACUGGUCCCUGUGCUUCGGAAUUUCUUAGGUUAGUACACUGAUAUUCCACGCACUUUCCAUCUUGCUGAAUUUGGGGGGGAUUUUCUUCUCUAGUUUUUCCUGAAUGUAACUUAAAUUGUUUUGUUCUCGGAAUUGAUCACUGUGGUGGUCUACCAGGCCUUCUUCCACUGCUGCUUUUAUUUUCUUUUUUAUCUGUUCUUGGGCUGAAAAUACAAGGAAAGAAGGCAUCAAAUCAACCAGAAAGAAGAGUGUGCCUCUGUAACUUCGGUCACCGCACACCAACGGAUGGGUGUGGACACAGGUCCCCAGGAACUGCUUUGGCUUAGGAAUCAACUCAGUUCCACAUCUGGCCAGAUGGUAUGAUUUUUCUCUUCGUUAGACUCAGAGUCUCUGGUGAUGGAGAGCCUUUUGUCUUCUACCCCAAGAUCUAAAGAAUCAGUCAAGAAUUAGAAUUCAGCCGAGCUCUGUAGGUUCCGGAAUUUGGGUCUAUAUUCUGAAAAAGAAAGCUAUUAGCACGCCACGUAUUUUCAGCGGAACAGAGCUCACAGCCCUCACUCGGGCGCUCAGGACUUGGAUCAUCCACAGGCAGAGAGGUAUUGGUUUCCUUUCCUUAGAUACAGUCCAUCCUUGGGAUAUUCUGCUGUGAGGGAUGUCAAACAAUUGCCUGCUUUAUUGUUUGAUGGACUGCCAGUAUGUCUCUUUCAUCUCGUGGGCCCCAGCGUGGGUGCCAUUGACAGGUCUCGUGUGGGCAGCCCGUAGAUCUGCUGUCUCUUUGCGCUCAUCACUCACGGUCCCCUCUUCAACCCGUCCGCUGUUGCCACCUUGUGCUCCAGGAGUAUUCGUGAAUGCAGGAAAUAAAUGGGUUUAAUAUCCAAUUUCCUAGCCAAAGUUUAUGUUGAAACCCAAAGGCAAACAUUGAAAGUUAUGCCCCAUCCUUCCUUUUGAAAAACAAGUGCUUUGGGUCCUUCAGCACAUUUUGCAUUCCUUUUCACAUCUCCAGCAAAUGCCAGCCCCUCUCCUGUUCAAUUAGCGGCCGCCACUUAAAGUUCUUCCAGUGGCAUCUGCAUAAUCAUUGCCCAGAGAUGCUUUGUAUCUGGGAAGCCUGCCAAGGAAUAAACCUUGAAGCAAAGUGUAUUAAAUUAGUUAUCUAGUUAGAGCUUUUGGAAUGAGUUCCUGAUGAUGUACCAAGUCUGAAGCUGGGGCUGUCGGAGUCUGCUGCUGUGGUUUGGGUUUGAAGAGAGAAAAUUAAAAAAUUUCUCAACAACAAAGCCCUCAAACACACCCAGGCCUCUGGUUUUGAAGUUCUCCAGGUGAAAUGUUUUGUUUCUCUAAUCCACACUCAUCUGGAUGCAUCGGCCCUGUGUUUGUCCUUGUUCAGUACGGUCGCUGGAUUGUGGGUGGAAUUUGAUGUCUUCAUCCUGGAGCUGAGCUGAGCCUGUGAGCUUAAUGGGUUUCUCCAAGGAGACACCACCUUUCAGUAGCAUUUCCAUUGAUAGACACCUCUUUCCCCAGACAGGAAGUAUCACACAUUGAUUUCUUCAUAGGACAAUAAAGAGGAAUGGGCUCCUCGCCUCCGUUGGAGGGGAGCAGUAAGAUCAGGAAGGGGAAAACUUCUCCACAUGGAAUACUCGGAGGGAUAGACUUCCGAGGAGCCCCAAUACAGGUAAUCUCACUUUUAUACUUUUUGUGGUCCUAGAUUGAGAAGAGGAACUACAUUUUUAACUGUAAUGCAUGCCAUUGUUUGCCUAGGGAGUCACUUGUCCAUCUCGGCUCCUUCCUUGUGGGCUGCUCUCUGAGAUUUGACCACGGGCUCGCCCAGUGCUCACCUCACCUUCAUCCUGUUUGCUCUCAGCUUCUGUGGUUCAGUUAUAAGCUCCAGUGGGUACUGCAGGUCAGCGUUUUUAUCCAGUUGCUUCCUUUUCUGAUCUUUCCCAGCUUACCAUAGGUUGACCCAGAUGAAAUUUCCAAUGGUUGGACCAUAUUUUACUUAUAAUAACAUGGAUCAACCUAGUCUGUAGAAUGUUUCUUCCCCCAACGUAGUAUAGAUCCCAACACACCAUAUGGCAUUUUUUUCAAACAAGUGCUGUAGCUCACGGAGGCCCGUGCAGUGGGCAGCGUGGCCCUGGGAGGACGUGCCGUCUUGCUCUGGUGAUUCUCACCUCACUUGGUGAGUGGGCCAUCUCGUGGGGCCUGGGAGUCACUGCAGAGAUGUUAGCACGUGUUGAUUCUGAUGGGCGGGCUUGGCCAUCAGGCGCAUCACCCUGGGGUUUUCCGAUGCUGUCUUUUCUGGAUGUGCAAUCAGUAUUAGCUGUCCUCAGCCCGGUGGUUAGGGAACGUGAUGUACGACCCCCGAAGGUGGCCUGUCAGAACACAGAAUGUUUUCUAAUCUCUCUCCGACUUCCAAUGCGUGUUUGGCGGAGGAAAUGGGUAUAGUUAUUGAUUCUUUUGGGCAGAUACGUCAACCACUUGGGGUGGGAGGCAGGUGCAGGGAGCUUAGACUCAAGGGUUGGGAUUGGAUCAGACCCAUGUUCAUCUACCCCUCAUUCCACCUUUGUGUCAGGGAUAGUGGGCUCCUGGUGUAGGACAUUUCCAGAGGCACCAAAUAGUCACUGUCGGGCUCUUAGGCUGGCCCUUUGUGGGAAUUCAGCUUUCUCUUGUUUUGCCAAAGAUUCUGCUGCUGCUGUUUUGUAUCGUUGCCUGUGGUUUUUAUCAGACACUUCUCAUGCUCCUAGGUAGUAAUUCCUUUUUGUGAGCAAAGCAACAACCCACCUAGCACCACCUCCAAGGGGAGAAGUUGGGGUUUUCCGUGGACACUGAACACGUGUCCCAGUGGCCCACAGCUCUGUGACUGACAAACGAGUUGGCCCUGUGGGGUGGAAAUCGCUAGGGCGCUCAGUUGUGUUUGACACUUCCCUUGAGCUCUGAGCGAGAAAGCAGAAUGGUUCUUGUCUUUGCCUGUUUCUAAGACUCUGGAGGGCAAAGGCCUUAGUGACCAUCGGUUGCAAAUAGCAGCAACGUGCCUGGGAGAAAUGUGAGGUGUACCCAUUCCAAUUCAGCCAACCCAUAAACUCCAGUGGGUGAGCAUUUUUAUCCAGAUAAGACCACCUUUCUUAUCUUUUCCAGCUUAAUGCAUCUGCAUGUUGCUCUCAAGGCCAAACUAAGAGGUUCUCUGUAAAAAUGCCCAUGAGCCUGGGAUUGUGCGGUUUGGUGCCAUAAAGGGGAGGGUGCACAUCAGUUCCUCCUGUUCACAGCUUCCGCCUGCCCUCCCGUUCUAACAGCAAAUUCAAGGGCAUUGCAUUGUAAGGCAGCAGGGCUGGAGUUGAAGUGCAGCCCGAAUUUGACAAGCAGCUGCGUAGAAGUCACUGCUCCUUCUGCCACACUUUGGGCCCUCAGGAUCAUUCUUUCCAGAAAGUGCCAUAAGCUUGCCCAGAGCGGAGCUAGGAAGGGGGAGAGAAAGGGGGGAGGCUUUUAGAUCAGCCCUGAAGUUGUUACCAAAACAUUCGCAAAUAAUUUUCUGGACUCCAGAAUGUCUGUCCUGCUCCCUACCUCCCUUUCUGUGCGGCCAGAAACCAUGCGGUGGCCUCCCUGGGAAAGACGGGCGGCCACGCUGGCGUCUGUGUCACCCUUGUGUGUGGUUUUAAACCGCGUCUUCACUGUUGGCGUAGAGCUUGGUGGUGUCAUGGGUUCUGGUGGUGCCUGCGUUUGCUGCUCAGGAAUCCCGCCUCCCCUCGCUUGCUGGUAGCUGAUGCCUUCCUGGUAGUCCUAUGAGCAGGGGGCUCUGCUCCUCCAUGUGGCUCCCGGUGUUGGCAGUCACAGCUCCCGGGCAUCUUCAUUCCUCUUUCCUGCCCUUUAUGCUAGUGUUUAUGAUCAGGGCCCCAGAACUGGGAGGUAUCAGGACAGUGACUGCAAUCGUUCCUUGUCUUGUUGGGGUGCUGGGUGGGACUAUCUUGUGACGUCACCCUCUUCAUUCCAAGAGCAACUCACUCACCCAGGGCUGUGCUGACCUCGCCUUGCUCUCCGGCAGCACACCAUUUCUUCCCCUUCCCUGUCAGGGUGACCCCUACCGAAUGGUUUCAUCUGUCAUAGAGAACCACUCUUAAACCUCUCCAAACGAUGUAAUUAGGAAAUCGGAUUUUAAUUUUUAAAAGUUAUGUAGUUUUAAGGAGUAUAAGAUCUGACAGAUGGAAAUAACCAGAAUGGAAACAGCUAGGAAGCUGUCAGCAGCCACUCCUUCCCCCUGGGCGAUGCCCCCACUCAGCACGAGAGAUGAAAGCCAGGAUGGAUUCGGUUGCCGGCCCUGUUUACAGUGAUGAUUGCAGCAGCGCCCGCUGUUCCUUUCAAGGUAACCUACAUGGAUUCCCAGCGGCUGCACUUGGCACAUGGUGUGUGUGGUCCGAUGAGUUUGUUUCUAGCUUCCUCCUGCACCCAUGCUCCCUCCAUCCUAGGCAGAAUCAGGGACGGCGCCGGGCUCCUCAGGCUUUUCCACAGAACGUACUUAUGAUCUGUCAUCCAGGGAGGGGCAGGGCACGCUGCUCAUCCACUCUCUAGCUUACCCCAUUCUUCUUCCCCAACCUCCAGGGCAAUGCACAGGCCUCCUCACCUGACACAGUUUCAAGGAGAAAGCUGCCAAGAUCGGAUUGGGGUCUGUGUGUGCGCUGGGGUGGUGCUGUUUUGCUGAAAUCUCAGGAAUCCUGCUUUGAGUUUAGGGAGGUGGCUCUCAGGGCCGGGGUGCCCGGCGUUCUGGGCACUUCUCAGGGGCCUCCCUCCUCCCUCAACUGCAGGGUAGCUAAUUAGUCACCUCCAGCCAAGAGCUGAAAGCUGUCACUCAGAGCCAUUUGUUUUUCCCAACUUGAACCUGGUAAAAUGUUACUGCCGUUCCCUUUCAGUGAACUUCCUUGCCACUGCUUGGAAUUUUCAAAAUCCAUUAACUCGAUCCUUUCAGGAGUGAGGUUCCUCUUCAGUAGAGAUGGUUCCCUGGGAUUUCCUUUGUUCCUCGAAUAGCUCACUCCUUCGAGGAGUCUUAAGUGGAAAAAGAAAGGGUUACAUAUGCAGAUGACUAUUGACUCUAUAACCUUAUGUAACUUGUGUUGCUUCAAAUAACAGGCUUACCUAGUUUGUUUCACUGGACUGUUUUUCUGCGACUUCAGUAUUUUGAUGCUUUCCUUGGUCUGUGUUUUAUAAAAUGUUGUGCAUUGUGUAUCAUUCAAACCACUUGACAGUGAAUAGGUUUCAAGUCCAAAGGAGGUAUAGACAGCUUAGAAACCAGUUGGUUCUGAAGGUUCGUGGGUCGGCCCACAGAAGCCUGGCUUGCAGCGCCGCUGAAAUCUCGGGUUGGGCCAGCCCGAGCUGGUUGGCUAUUAUUAUUUCCAGGGCUGACCUGGAAACUUAGCCGCCUGAUAGGUUGUUGCUGUGAGAAACGCAUUCCGGGUUGGGACUUGGGAUCCUGAGUUGCCACCUUACAAAUGGAAGUCCAGUCUAUCACCAACUUGUAAGGGGAGAGAGGGAGUGAGAAGUUCAUAGGACAUUCCCUAAGUGGGGAAGUGGUUUAUCAAUAUUCAUGUCAGCUCGACUUUGUUACAGACUCCCUCUCAAUUUAAUAAUAUUAAAAGCCUUAAAUAAAACUAUGCAUGCUAUCCUACGCUUUUUUAUAUCAGUAAAUAAGCUUAUGCUUGGCAGUUUUGUACACAGUCAUGCGGUGUAUAAAACUGACUUUUGACAGUAUUUUUUGCACUGUUUCCUAUCUGUUUUUAUAACGUCUUAUUUACAUUAUACUGGUCCUAGUUGCUAUUGUGUAUGUUCUCACUGCCUGUGUCAUGGCUGUGAAAUGUUUCAUAUGUGCCUUUACAAAUGUGAGAUCUUUAUUCUAACCUUUUUUUAUAAAAGAUAUCUAUUGAUUUACAUAUGCAAUAAACUUGUUUCUUUUUCCAGAGAAAAA